CCUCUGUUGCUCAUUUGACUCUGUCAUUCUUCCUCUCUUUUCUCUCCCCCUCUCACUCUUUCCCUCAGUUUCCAGCCUUCCCAUCUGUUUGUGAUUUAGGCACAGGCUCAGGGGAGAGGCAAGUCCGCUAGGGGAGAGGAGUCAGGGCAGGGAGGGAGGGAGAGAAAGGGAGGAAGUCCACACAAGUUUGUUUUACAGGACUCAGCUCAGGCUGGGACUACAGGCGCAGCUGCAUCUGGAGGUCGGAGCAGCAGGAAAGUGAAGCCAACGGGUGCAGCCGAACAAGAGGAGCUGCCCAGAGGCUUUCCUACGGCCAGGACAAAGACAGAAACAGAGACAGAAAGGGGGGAUCAGUGCUCCACUGGGCAAAAACACAAAUAUGGCUGCUAAAUCUCUGUCCUGCCUUUGCCUUCUCUGCAUCCUCAUAGUGACGGCCUAUCCAACUUCUGCCGCCAGGCUUGGGGAACAGCAACAGUCGGUGUUGACAGUGUGUGCGAAGGGAUUUUUCCUCAGUGAGCAAAACAUAUGCUUACCAUGUAACUGUAAAGGCCACGCUGACUCAUGUGAAGACAUCACCGGCGUUUGUAUAAAUUGCAGGGAGCACAGUACAGGUGAUUUCUGUGAAAUGUGUGAAGAUGGUUACAUGCUGGCUCCCAGCAUGGACCGACGCCACACCUGCAGACCUUGCGCCUGCCCCCUCUCAGUCCCCUCCAACAACUUUGCAGAGCGCUGUGACAAAGGAGGUGCCAUUCUGAGGUGCAAGUGCCAAGAAGGCUAUGCUGGACAUCUUUGUGAGAGGUGUGCCCCGGGUUACUAUGGCAACCCCAUGGCGAUCGGUAAUUCUUGUAAGAGGUGCGACUGCAAUGGCAACUCCGACCCCAACCUGAUCUUCAAUGAGUGCCACAACGUGACGGGUGACUGCCAGCACUGCUGGGGAAACACCGCCGGUGCCAACUGUGAGAGGUGCGCCCCAGGUUUCUAUGGCGACGCCAUCAGUGCCAAGAACUGCAGAGAGUGCGUGUGCAAUAAAUGUGGCACCUCUUCAUGUGACGACAGGACAGGAGUGUGUCACUGCAAACCAGGUGUCACUGGACGACUCUGCGACCGGUGUGAGGAGGGCUACUCUGGUUUCUCCAGCUGUCAGGGUUGUCGGAGGUGUGAAUGCGGGCCAGCUUCCAUUCGCUCCACCUGCCAUCCUCUCACCCUCAGCUGCCCGUGCCGCCCGGGCGCCGGUGGGCGUUACUGUGAGCGCUGCCUCCCAGGUUACUGGGACUACAGCCUGUCCGGCUGCCAGAAGUGCGACUGUGAGAGCGGCCACUGUGAUAUGCAUACAGGAGAGUGCCUGUCAGAAGCUGCAACAGUCAACCUGUGCAACAUCAGUUGUGAUGAGUGCAUUUGGCAUCUGAUUGGGGACUUGCGUCUGUCCAAUAAAACACUUGACCAGCUGAAAGUUGGAGUGUUGAAUAUCUCCACUGGAGCUGCUGCUAACGACAGGCUCAAAUACUACAACUACACAGCACAUCGACUGCAGACUCAGUUUCAAGGCUGGAGGAACAAGUCAUCUGCAAUGAAGGCGCAGACUGGGGAGCUGGAGGAGGCCACAGAGUCUGUGGUUUUAGACAUCAAACAGCUGGGAGAAUCGGAGAGCGUGGUGAUGACUUUGGGGAACAGGCUGGAUAACGCCACUCUAGAGACCUUAACCCUGGCUGAGCAGCUCAGCACAAACCUCACUGAUCUCAACAUUCGCAUCGAAGAGAUGAUCCAUGAUUGGGAGCUGUACAGUGUUCAGCAGGAUGUGGACCCAGAGGUGGUCAGACGCAACACAGAGGUGGCCCAGGGAAUGGUGACCUGGAUGAAGGAACUGAACCUGUCUCCACGAGAGCCCGUCGCCACUGACGAGUCCACUGAGGCCCAUGACUUGCUAAGGCAAAUCCGUCAGUUGGAGAAAAAGCUGAUGAUCACAGAAGGUCGACUCCUACCUGUCAGGGAGGUUCUGUCCCGUUUUUCCUCCAAGCUGUCAGACGCUCAGGGCUUUCUCCAGAAAGCAGCCGGCACUGUGCAGGAGGACAUGAACAGAGCAAACGUCCUCAAAUUCCAUAGGAAUGAGGCAAAGCAGCAGAUGCUGACAGAGGACCACACUGCCGUCAAUGACACACUGGAAGAGUCCAGAGGCUUAAUCUCUGACACAGAGAGGACUGUGGCUGAGGUGGACGCUAUGGUGCAGAAUGUGACCGAGUACCAUGCAGCGAUCGAUGGCGCCAGCCAGAAGCUGACAGAGAAGACGGAGCGUCUGUCGCUGGCUAACAGAGAUUUGGUCCAGAGGGCCGACGAGCAUGCCGAGGAGCUGGAGAAACAGGCCAAUGAACUGGAGGAGGAUCUGAGAGCCAGCGAUGCCAACGGCUUUGUGCAGAGAGCCAUAAGUGCUGUCAACGUCUACAACAACAUAGUGAAAUACAUUGAAGAUGCAAAUAUCACCUCGCUCACCACCCUCAACUUAUCCCAAAGAGCUGAAGAUGCUAUCAUUGGGAUCAACACACAGCUUGGAAACCUGGUAACGCAGAGUGACAAUGUUUUCAAGGAAUCUGUUUCAUUACACUCAGAACAAUUUGAGGUUGAAACUGAGGUGGUAGACAAACUAAAAUACAUCGAGGAGACCAAAGAGACCAUGGAUAAAAACACCAAAAAACUUGCAGAAAUUGUGCAGGAUAUAAGUGGAAUUCAAACAGACAGGACACCACAGCGUCUGGAGUUCACCCUGAAGGUGGCAGAAGGGACUCUCAACCGCUCAGCAGAGGUCCUUCAAACUGUUAUGCCCAUAAGCAGCAAAGUUGAGGAAUGGGCCAACAACAUGAAAAACAACGAAUACUCCACAGCUGCCUAUGAAGAGGUCGUUUCCUCCGCCGGAGAAGCCGUGGAGAACUUGAAUAUGCUCGUUCCUGAGCUGCUGGACAAGCUGAAGGUGGUUGAGGAGAAGAAGCCUGUCAACAACGUAACCACCAACAUCAUGAGGAUCAGAGAGCUCAUAGCUCAGGCAAGGAGCGUGGCCAAGAAAGUCCAAGUGUCCAUGAAGUUCAACGGCCAGUCUUCGGUGGAGGUGCACCCUCACAGUAACCUGGAAGAACUGAAGACAGUGACAUCCAUUAGCUUGUUCAUGAGAGUGGACCCUGACAAGGAUCCCAUUGAGGACCGUUUCAUCUUUUACCUGGGAGACAGAAAUGGUAGGAAAGACUACAUGGGUCUGGCUAUCAAGAACGACAACCUGGUGUACGUGUACAACCUCGGGGGCGAAGAUGUUGAGAUCCCGCUGGGUUCAAAGCCUGUCAGCCAGUGGCCUGCCGUCUUCAACUACAUCAAAGUAGAGAGACUCGGCAGACAUGGAAAAGUCUUCCUGACAAUCCCCAGUCAGAGCUCCACAGACGAGCAGAAGUUCAUCCAGAAGGGCGAGGCUCCAGGCACUGACUCCAUAUUUGACAUUGACCCCAAGGAUAUAGUGUUCUUUGUCGGUGGAGUCCCACCAGAUGUUAGGCUUCCACCCCCUCUGAGUCUUGCUCCUUUUGUGGGCUGCAUAGAGUUGGGCUCGCUCAACAAUGACGUGAUCAGUCUGUACAAUUUCAAGGAGACUCACAAAGUGGAUGUGGUUACAUCAUCACCGUGCUCCAGGUACAAGUUGGCAUUCUCGCAGAGUCGCAUCGCCAGCUACCUGUUUGAUGGAACAGGUUACGCUCUCAUCAAUAAUAUUGAGAGGAGGGGCAAAUUCGGCGUUGUCACAAGAUUUGAUAUUGCAGUUCGAACAGUUGCAAAUAAUGGAGUCAUUUUUCUUAUGGUCAAUGCAGAGAAAUUCUUCCUUUUGGAAUUUAAGAAUGGCUUCCUGCGGCUAGUGUAUGACUUUGGCUUCACCGAUGGGCCAAAACGUUUGGAAAACUUAACAAAGCUGCAAAUAAAUGACGCUCGAUACCAUGAGGUGUCGGUCAUCUACCACCAGUCAAAGAAGGUAAUCUUGCUAGUGGACAAAAGCCAUGUUAAAUCUGUGGAGAAUCCGAAAACCACUCUUCCCUUCUCAGACAUCUACAUCGGUGGGGCUCCGUCAAGCAUUCUAAAAUCCAGGCCAGAGCUGUCUGCCGUGGUCGGCCUGAAAGGCUGUGUGAAAGGUUUCCAGUUCCAGAAAAAAGACUUCAACCUGCUGGAGGAGCCUGGCACCAUUGGCAUCAGCAGCGGCUGCCCUGAGGAGUCCUUUAUGUCCCACAAGGCCUAUUUCACUGGAGAGAGCUACCUUGGAUCCACAGCAAAGAUUUCACCCUUCGACAGCUUUGAGGGAGGACUCAACUUUAGAACAGUCCUGCCCAGUGGACUUCUGUUCUACCACAGUGAAGGGUCUGAUGAGUUCAGCAUCUCCCUGGAGAACGGAGCAGUGGUGCUGAACACCAGAGGCACAAGAGUCAAAUCACACAAGAAACAAUACGGUGAUGGAAGGACGCACUUCUUAGUGGCCUCAGUCAACAAUCAGAAGUAUUCUCUGUUGGUGGAUGACAAAGACAAGCAGGAGAAGAAACGUCCAUCAUCAGCCACAAGGUCCUCAACAGGCUCUGCUAUAAAGACCUUCUACUACGGAGGGUCUCCGAGCAGCAGCUUCAAGAACUUCACAGGCUGCAUCAGCUAUGCCUACGUCAACAGACAAGAUCGUGACAUUGAGCCUGAGGACUUUCAGAAGUACACAGAGAAGGUGAAGACCUCCCUGCAGGACUGUCCAGUCCAUCGCCCCCCUGCCGCUCUGCUGUCAAGGCACAGGAAUAACACCUCCAGAGCCAAACAUGGCGAGUUACAGAAGGUUACCAGGGAUAAGUCUAACCUCCCUCUUGGCCUGAUGGAACUGACAAGUGAUAGCCAGGAGCCACCAGAGCUGAACACUGAGCCCUGCUACCUCUCCUCAAGUCCCAGAGCAUCCCAACAAGCCUUCCACUAUGGUGGCAUCGCCAACAGCAGACAGCACUACAUAGAUCUCCCAGACUCCCUUUCAGAGAGGUCCCACUUCUCCUUGUCCCUGAAGACCUACUCAUCCUUUGGUCUCAUCUUUUAUGUAUCUGAUGUCCAAGAGGACAAUUUCAUGGCUCUCUUCCUGGCCCAUGGGAAGCUGGUAUACACCUUCAACGUAGCAGAGCAGAGAGUCAAAAUCAAGAGUGAUGACAAAUACAAUGAUGGUGCAUGGCACAAUGUUAUUUUUAUCCGUGAUGGGAGUGUGGGUCGAUUAAUAAUUGAUGGGCUCACAGUGCUGGAGGACAGCGCUCAGGGAAGCGACGUCUCCUGGCAUAUCAGCAGUCCCCUCUAUGUUGGAGGAGUUCCUCCUGAGAGAGCCCAGAAGAAUAUUCAGAGAAACUCUGCAUACAGCUUUACCGGCUGUUUAAAGAACCUUCAGCUCGAUGGAAGGUUGUUGUCCUCUGUGACAGACACGUUUGGGGUCACUCCUUGCUUUGACGGACUCUCUGAGGCGGGAACAUUCUUCUCAGAGGAAGGAGGAUACAUCGUGCUGGAUGAAUCUUUUAACCUGGGGCUGAAGUUUGAGCUGGUGAUGGAGGUGCGCCCCCGUGUGGCAUCUGGGGUGCUAAUGCAUGUGCGCACAGCAGAGGGAUAUGUAACCAUGUACACUCACCAAGGAGCAGUCGUGGUUCUUGUAAACGAUGGAACCAAUGAGUUCUUCACCGAAGUGCCUCCAAGACAGGGUCUGUGUGCUGGCAACUGGCACAGAAUUACUGUGAUCCGAGAUGCCAACGUCGUCCAGCUGGAUGUGGACUCUGAGGUCAACCACGUGGUGGGAGCUCUGAAUGCCAACUCCACAGAUGAGAGAAAGCCGGUGUUCAUUGGUGGAGCCCCAGAUCUUUUCCUCCCAGAGAGCCUUCCCACCAGAAAGGCCUAUGUUGGCUGUAUGAGGAACCUGACCAUCAAUAACAGCCCAGUGAGCUUCAGCAAAGCUGUCUUGGUCAGUGGAGCUGUCAGUGUCGGAACCUGCCCAGCAGCAUAACACUCAACUCUCAACGCUACAACUAUCCCCAAUACAGCAAUGACCGAACACAUUUUAAAUGCUCCUUUCUGUUAAAAAAAAUAACCAUUAAAACAAGUGUUGUCAUUCAUUUCACUCUGUCAGAUUUUUAUUAUUGUUUCUGUCAUUAACUUGUCUUUACAAUUGUCCCAAGCCAUGACCAAAUUUAACAACAUAAGAAUAACCCUGAAAGGAAACACACAGUGAAAGUCUAUCAUUAGUAAGAUCAGGAUUAGAACCAUCCCGAGGGAUCGUACGUGCAUCCAUGAUUUAGACUUUUAUUAUUUUUACAUUACAAAAGACACUAUUUGAUUUUAGUGUAUUUUAUGGUCCACCAACCAACUUUAAUAUUUCCAUGGCACAUUUUUUAUACAAGCUCAAAACCUUCUCUUUUUAAGUUUUAUGUCUGGUGAAUAAACGAUGUCUAACAUCCA